CUCGAGUGAACGACAGAAGUUUGGUUUAAUCGAAAACUGGUGGCAGAUUGAACUGAACUGGUGCUGGACGAGGAGCGGUCGAGUUUGCGAGACCCGGGAGAUAUGGGAGCUGGGGUUUAUUUCUUUGUGUUGGCGACGGCUUUCACAUGUGGAGCACAGGCUGGAGAGUACCUUCAUAAGGAACUCCUGGUCUUUGUUGUCCAGGACCGCAGUCCUGACCAACAGUUUGAUGUUUUGGAUGAUGGUGAUGAGCGUUUCUACAUGGACUUCAACCUGAAGAAGGAGGUGCCACGGAUCCCCUAUUUCACAGGCCAUGUGAUGGAGGGAGGAGAGGAGACGAUCUCGGCUAUUAUGGCCAUCGUGAAACAGAAUUUAAAUGUUUGCAAGAACCUGUCGCAAGGGAGCCCAGAACCUAAAGUUCCCCCUCAGACUGCCAUGUACCCCGAGGAACCCGUGGAGUGGGGUCAGCCCAACACUUUGAUUUGUCUGGCUGACGGAUUCUAUCCUCCGAGCAUCAAGAUGACGUGGAAUCGGAACAACAAUCCUGUGACCGAUGGAGUCAACGUUACACAGUACUACCUGAAGAGCGACGCCUCUUUCCAGAGAUUCUCCUACCUGAGCUUUGUGCCAAAUCCUGGAGACAUGUACUCCUGUCACGUGAAGCACGAAUCUAUGAAGGAGCCAAGAGUUGUCUUCUGGGAACCUGAGGUACCCGAGGAAGCUUCCGGCCCAGGAACCGUGAUCUGCGCACUGGGACUCUCCCUGGGAAUCAUCAGUGCUGUGGUUGGAAUCAUCCUAUUGAUCAAAGAGAGGCAGCGGCUGCAGGCUCAGCAGCAGGGCAUCUAGGGAUCAACAGUCCAGGGCCCGCCCAGAGACUGCCUCCAUCUACCGGUUCAUCUCGGCCCACUUAUGAGACUAGCAUGCGAUCCACGAAUCCGAUGGAUAACGCCCAACUGAAGCCAUUCCUGCAGCAAUAAACCUUCGACUUCAGUAA